AUGUCGACUAACAGUUCGAUCCUAGGAAAUACAGGAACCACUGGUUAUCCGGGGGGAUUCGUCCCACCAUCAGGGACACAAACCCAUUUCGCCACCCCACUAACUAGACCACCCGGUUUCGAUGGUAACAGACACAGAAAUCCCUCUUAUGGGAUGCCAACAUCUUUUAUGGCGGGUCUGCACACUUCGACAUCGAAUACGUCACCACAAUUAGGGUCUGGAUCUGGGGCUAAUCAAUUUAUGACAAAUAACCAAGGGUCAGUAGGUUAUAGUGCAUUGCUUAUCUUAACCACAGAAAAUCAGAUGGCUUUUAGGCAAUUAAUGGAUGAUAGUAACCAUAAUAUGAUAGAAGUGUUAGCACAAACUAUGCAAGAGAUCUUUGCCCCAAUAGUACAAAACGUAACUGUAACCAAAAGAGAAAACGCGGACAACAUGAGUCGAAUAGCAGAUUUUUUUUUCUCCGCCAGAAAGGCGUAG